UGCUGCCUAUUUCUAGACUUGGACUCUUCUCUUAUACAGAUAAUGGACUUAAUCCUGAAUUGCUUCUCCACUGCAACUGAGCAUCUUAUAGACAAGAAGUAUUUAAAAGAAUAAGCAUUGCCAUUGUUCUAAUAGCCUUGGAAAUUUAUUUAGUAGCCAGGCAAGCAGAGUCUAAAGCAAGUGGAUUUUUGUUUUUACUGUGGGGGCAACAUGGCAACCUGUUACGUCCUCUCCUUCCUCCGAAUACAGUAAAUCCCAUGUUGCUCCAUGGAGGAUCCUUGUUAAACAUAUUUUGCACAGCCUAGAAGUGCUAGACAAGCCAGUGCUGAGACAGGAUUCUGCCUGCUAAAUUCUGUUCCACUAUUGUCUAGGUGACACUGAAUAUUUGGGGGUACUGAAGAACUUUGGUCAGCUAACAACUGGGGGUGAGGGAGAAGGCUGGAACCUGACAACCUAACAUAAACCAAACCACAGCCCAGGGAUACAAACCAGAAAAUAAUGAAAGCAAACCUUAACCACUCCACCAAAAUGAAAUGUGAUUUUAAUUGUAACCAUGUCCGUUCUGGACUCGCACAGUUAAAGACUGAUGCAGUAAAGACAAGACUUGAAGAACCUUCUAUCUCGAAUUAUGAAGAAGGGUCUUGUAAAGACUGUGUUAAAGAAUCUCAGAGGCUAUUGCAUAGUGAACUGCAGAAUGCAACCCCCAGGAAUAUUGACCACAAAACUGAAGGAAGACUUGUACAUAACAAAGAAAACCAGCAAGUACCGUACAGAUUUGGUGAAGGUGCCUGUGAAAUGGAGGCAUUAGAAAACAGUAGGUUUAAUGAGGAGAGUGGUUACUCCUCUAUGUUGAGCAGCGAGUACAAUGAUCCAACAGAACAUGAAGACAGUAUACUACUGGCAGGAAAUAUAUAUGGCACACCAAAUCACUGUCUCAUGAACCAAAGCCAAGCACAGCUUUCCAAAAAAACCUUGCUACCAGUUACCCAUUUUGAAGAACUGGUUUGCUCAACUUUGAAAAAAAGUGGUAAAAGAAAUGUUAAAUCAUGGGCUAUUGUGGACAGAAUUGUUUCCCAGGGAAGUGUUGGACUUAGGAAUCUAAUUGGCAGGAAAAUGGGAUUAGGUGGAAUAGACAUUCUUGGUGAACUCUUCCAAAGGGACCUCAGACAUCUUUUAGCAAACAUCUUAAGACAUCUUGAGGAGAUGGACUUAAUAAAUGUGGCUAAAGUGAGUCCAACAUGGAAGAAAAUUCUAAAGGAAGACAAAUGGGCUUUCCAAGUGUAUAGUAAAGCAGUGAAAAGCCUUUCUGAUGGUAGUGUACAGCCCACAGAACAUACUGUAACAAGGGAAUAUGUUCUGUAUCGAGCAGCUUUAGCUUCUGUUCAGACAGCAGCCCCUCCAAACAGCUCAUCCAAAAAAGCAUCCAGAUCCAAAGCAUCCAACCAGAGCAAUCAAAAUGGUUCUUACAGCCGACACAUGGAGUUUUGUGAGGCUGCCAAGACCUUGAAAAACACUGAAAGCCUUAAGGUUUGUAGUCGCUGCAGCUCACCUGCAAAAUAUGACUCCUAUCUACAGAGGGCAACAUGCAGCCGUGAAAGCUGUAGCUUUGACUUUUGCACCAAGUGCCUGUGCUGCUACCACAAUUCCAGAGACUGUGCAAGUAGCAAACCUGUGAAAUCAAGCUCUCAGCUAGGACUUCUUCCUGGCACCAAAAAGAGCAAACAAAAUUUGCGGAGACUGUGAUCUGUUGUGCUAUCAGGAGCAGCUAUUGUAUCACCAAGGUUAAUUCAGAGUUGAAAGUUAUCCUAAAGAAAAGUGAAUGUGGAAGUGGUUCUUAUUAAAUAUCUGUUUUUUAAAAGAAAAUAAGUUGAAUAUAUUCUAGAUCCAUUUCUCAGUUGUAGGCAAUUUUUAAAAAACUUUUUAAGAAUUUUCAGAAAUUUGUCCAUACCCAAACAUGCUUUUUACUGAUUUAUAAAAUUUAAAGAAAAUUUUGGAUAUGAAUUCAACAGUAGCGUUUAAGAAAUGUUCUUAACUAUUAACUUAAAAAAAAAAAAGGCAAGUUUAACUGGUCAUUUUUGGCAAGUAUUCCUACAUGUCUGAAGACAUGGGUGGAAGAAGAAUUGUUUUAAGGAUUGGAUUUUGUUUUAAUAAAUAAUAUUUUAUUUUAUAGCUCCAGAAAAGUUUUAAAUGAGUUUACAGUGGAAAUUUGAAUUGGAGUGUGCAUCUUAACUAGGUCCUUUUAUAUACAAAAAGUUGUGGGACUCUUCGUUUUAGAGUACAUGCUUUGAGUUUGAGCCUUUCCUCAUCAGUCUAAAACUGGAACUUUACAUUAUUUUAAUUUUCAAAACACUAGCUGGUCUGAUGAUUUACCUGAAAUUAAUCUUGGAUUUGACUGGUGUUUCUUCAUUCCUCCCCUGCUGAUAUAUAUGAUCAAGGAGCUACAAACUGACCUAGGACUCUUGCCAUACUGACUCAUCCCAAAAAAUAAAAAAUACAUUGUGAUAUUGCUAGAGAAGUGGUUUGUCACUUCUCUCCAAAUUGUGUGUUACAUUUUAGGUGUUUGUAUAUAUGUAAAUAUGACUUUAAAUAUUUGUCUGUCUACCUCUUGUACUGUAAAUGUGAAAAUAAAUUAAAAUGUUUUCAACAGAAUUUAA